AUGGAGCUUUCCUCCGGAGCCCCGCGGCCGCGGAAGAGCCGCGCGGCCGCGGCUGGACCGCGGCGCCUGGCGCAGCGGCGCGGCGGUGAGCGCCUGGCGCAGAGCCAGCGGCACGGGCCAGGCGCGGAGUCGGGUCUUUGUCCCCUUGUGGCCGCGCGGGCUUUGCCCUUCGCGGAGCCCUUCGACUUGGCCUUGGCGCUUCGCCGGCACCUGGAGGCCGCCACCGCGGCGGUGGCGGUGGAGCCGGGAGGGGCACCUCGAUGUGGGGGUUGGGCUCGGGACGGGGGGCAUUUGCAGAACCCCGGCCGGGUUCGGGACCCGAACAACACGAGGCGUGGCCAAGGCAAGGUGCUCUGCCGUGGCUGCGGCUGCUUCUUCGGCGAGGGAAACCCUCUGCGGACCCACGUUCAGAACGCCCAGAGCCGGUGCUUCAAUGCGGAGGCUGCGGAAUACUACCAGAAGGAGUGUCAGGAGGAGACGCCAGCACCGAAAGCUGCACGCCGUCUCGACGCGGGCAUGGAGGCUGCCAAAGCGGGGGACUUGGAAAAGCUGCGCCUGCUCAUAGAAGAUGGCUGGGAUCCCUGCACGGUGGACCACAACGGCAACGGCCCGCUGCACUGGGCGGCGGGCGCUGGGCACUUGGAGCUGUGCCGUUUUCUGGCGGCUCUGAAGAUGGACCCCGCCAAGCCCACGUCCAAGCACAACGGGCGCACGCCCCUGCACUGGGCUGCACGGAACGGGCAUGUGGCCGUGUGCGCCUUUCUCCUGGACCUCUGCGGUGACGAUAUGGUGGACGCGGAGACGGUGACCAAAGACACCGCGCUGAUGCUCGCGGCAUGGCAGGGCCAUGUGGAGCUCGUCGAGUUCCUCGCUCGGCGCCGGGCGGACCUCCAGCACCUGAAUGCCUCGGGCUGCAACGCCAUGCACAAGGCCGCGCGCAUGGACGGCGCUCAAAGCUCCCUGCAGAUGAUCCAGUACCUGAUGGCUGCGCGGGUGGAUGCGACAACUGUGAACUGCAACGGCCACAACGCGCUGCACAAGGCGGCGCAGUUCGGGGCCAGCGCGGCGGCCAGCUGCUUGCUGGACGCGGGGCUCCGGAGCCGCGAGGCGGUGGCGGUGGAUCGGGACCGCAACUCCCCCAGCGCCGUGGCCUUGGCCGCGGGCUUCCGCGGCCUCGCCGCGCGGCUCCGCCACGAGGAGGACCUCCUGUGGCUUACCCCUGCCGUCUACUUUCCGGCGUCGACAGACGCUGGACCUGAGCACCAUCCUGGCUGA